AUGGCAGCGGCGAGUCCAGAACUGCCCGUGGCGCACUCCACGGCCAAUGGAGAGAUCACCGAUAAGCGCGGUUUGCCUCCCAGUGCGGGUUCGGUGGCGUUGGACAAGCCAGCGAUGUUCAGCUCUGCACUGGAGCAGAUGGCGGGUGAUGGCGUGUGCCUCAAGGCCGUCAAGGCCAUCACUGAGAGCGAAGAUGAAGGCCGCAGGCUCGUCAUGCAGAUUUGGAAGGCUGUCGCCCAGAGGAUACGCUUCGAGCUGGACGGAGGUAACCACAUGACAUAUGUGUGGAGAGAGGCGGUGCGUUGAGUGCCCAGUGCAGUGCCGGUGGUGUUGGUCUUCCUAUCUCCCUUAAUUUUCCUAUCAGGCAAGGCGGUAGCGCUGCAGCCAUUGGGUGUCUUCCACAUCGCCCCUCCUGCCACUCUGGACGGCAGCGGCAAGACAACCACAGCCGUCGGUUCAUUUGCUCGUCUAGCGCCGUGUCUGUCUUUCUCGGAGGGUUUUCUCACCCAGUACGGCCUGCAGAUAUCGGCAACCAUGCUGGCCACUCAGCCGCAGGCUCAGGCCAGACAGCCCAGCGGGCCGCCCCUCAAGCUCAACGGAUCAGCGGUCGGCAAGACGCUCGACGUCGACAAGCAGGUCGUCAUGACGGUCGUCAACGCACUCAUCACACGAAUGGGUGACGCCAUGAGCCGCAACGCAUAUGUGGAGAUCCCCUUUUGGCCACUGGGCACAAUGGUCUCCGACGCGAGAGAGAUUUCCUUCCAGCCGGCGACCCCUCAGGGGCCUUCCAGCCUUGCUGGCACCUUUCUCGCUGGCGCGACCAAGGCGCCACUCUCCCCGAUGAUCGGUGCGGCGGCGCGGCCCACAGCCCUUGUGCCCCGCCAGACGGUGGGGAGUGUGCUGGCGUCUCGCGAACAGAUCAGAAGAAGACAGGCCGCCGCCACACGGACACAAGCUGCAGAGAGAGUUGCCGAGAGUGCCGAGCCAAGGCCGAGAGUACCAUUCGGCGAGCAGCCGGCUGAGGCGCCGACCCAGGCUACUGUUGAGGCACCUACUGCAGCGUCUGAGGAGAUCGCUGACGGCACAGGGCCAGGAAGGCCACCAUUGAAACGUACGAGAGAGAAAAAAGUGAUGCCUGAGACUCUGCUUUAGUGAUGUGAUGUGCGGGUGUUGUCUUUCUUUUCCGUGGUCUGUCUACUCUACUCAGCCAGAGCAGCACCACCCCAAGCAGUGUCCCUCUCCCCCUCCCAGCACCCCGUCCCCGCCCCACUGCCGUCGACAUUGGCCAAGAAGGCCUUCCGCUUCUCGUCCAAGACUCAGCUUCCCCCCCUCCUUGACGUCUUUUCGAGAACACGAGCCGCCCCCUACAACAGCGAUUUGCAUAGAGGGUCGGCCAGUGCGAGCAUCGCCUGCUACUACUCCCCCGCUGCCGCCCUCAUAGUGCUCGACUCCAAGACCAAGGCGCUCAGAUGGAAGCAGGCUAAGGGCAGCCAGAGGGCAGCCACUGGUGUGGGGAAGGAGGAGAAAAAGGAGGCGCCACAAGUCAAGGUGAGCCUUCGAGGGAGGCACCGUUUGUUGGGUGUGUGGUGUUUCGUCUCGCUUAUUAGUGUCUGUCUCAUCUGUGUGUGUGUGCGUGUGUCUGUGUGUGUGUGUCUGUGUGUGUGUGUCUGUGUGUGUGUGUGUGUGUGUGUCUCAGGUGUACAUAGACUACGAGCAGUUUUUCCCGCGGAUUGUGGAGGGCAGUGAGUUGGAUGUGGAGAUUUUGGAGGCCGGGCUGAGCCGCCAUGAGUUCUUUGAGAACCUCUACAAAUACUUUUCAUUCAUUAAAGAGGUAGGUAUGCAUGGGACACACGCGAGACGCAGAUAAAUAAAUGAGGGGAAACACCCACCGUAUGUGUGUGGUGUGCUUAAAAAGGGUAUUGAUGAGGGGAUGCUGGCUGAGCUUGAUGCUGACUGGGUUGACAAUGUGGGCUACCUCCUUGAAAUACAAAAGUUCACCGCCAUACCCAAUGACGUGUGCGCAUACACAUUAUGACACACACAUACACACACAUGCAUCCUUCCCUCGUUCGUUGCUUUUGUCAUGCUUGCAGGGUUGACAGGGUGUUGGACGAGAUGACAGGCGAGAUGAAGCGCGACUACCAGAAGGCUCUGCGCAAGGCGAUCGUCGACUACGUCAUGAGAGAUCCCGACCAGCAGAAGAGGACGGGCGUCAGGUUCGUCCCCGACGCCGCGCCAGACUGGGGCAGUGUGCCGUUUGAAGGCAUUGAAGGCACGUGUGGCGGCCCGCCUGACGAGUGGCGGAGCGACAUUGAGGACAACCGCCAGGCGCUCAUCGGCCGCCUUACUGUGUGCUGCCAGACCACUUUGAGGCUGCUGGACCUCUGGAGCACUCACUACUCUCACCACCUGCUGCUGGACCUGCCGGUCAAGUCAUCCGAGCUCAUGGAGAUCGACGUCUUCUCACUCAGACAACAGAAGCACCGGUGAGUCAGUGAAUGAGUGAAGCGAACACUUGGUGCCUCUCUCGUCCGUGUAUGUCUCUGUAUACACCCACAGUGAGCUGCUUUACAAGCGGUUCGAGCAGCAGUGGUUUGAGGAGGUCAUGGCCAUCAUCCGUGACGAGGAUGAGUACCUCGACACGCCCAAGGAGCCCGUCUUCUUCGAGAGCGUGGCGACGCUGCUGGCCAACCAGAUCCGCUCGCUGGUCGAGAAGAGCAUCCAACACUAUGUGGCCUUCUUCCAAAGAUUCGACAAGAAAGACCCCCUCACGCCCACACAGGUCAAGACCCUCAGCAGCCAGGACGAGAGGGAGGACGCUUUUCUGCUCGUUAAGCUCGUCACAAAGGGAGAAGAGAUUCGGUAAGCGUAAGGGAUGCCAGAAAGAAGCACUCACUCACAAGGCCGGUGGGUGCUUCCCUGCUGUAGGUUCAAGCAUGUGCUCGAGCACAUCCAGGAGCGUCUGUUGAAGGUCUUCACCGACUUCGUGUCCUGUCUCAAGGAAAUCCCGCGGCCGGACCGGCCAGACGCCACACCAGGGGGCGGUGGCGGACAGAAGGCAGCGGGCAGCUCCGGCAGGCGGGAUGGCGGCGCGCCCCAGAGAUCGCACCUGCGGGAGGUCUCAAUGGAUGAACAGCACGUCUACCAGGCCUACCAAAAGGUGACAUCACACCAAGAGGCUUCAUUCAUGCGACACUUAUAUAUGCGCCCGUCGUGUUUUGUUCGUUCCUUCAGAUCGACGAGAUCAUCAGCACCAAUCUGCACAACAUCGAGAAGGCGCUGCACCUCUAUGACGACUACUCGCACCUGCUGUCCGAGGACAAGCGGAUGCGGGCCUUCACUGAGGACGUCGGCCACACCAUUGAGGACUACAUGAAGGAGAUCGGCAGGCUGCGGAACACAGCCGACGCCAUCGACACUAACUGCCCCGCAGAAGUGCGAAUGGUGAGUGAGCUCCAUCCGUCCGUCCGUCCACAAACACGUGUUUUGCUUUGUGUUCAUCCAGACAAUGGCGGCAGUUGACUGUCUGGAGCUGAACGAGCUCCUCAAGUCCAAGGCCAGGGAAUGCGAGCGUAUUUUGCAGCAGGUCGUCGCAGAGCGCAUCCUCGACCGCAGCGCACGAGUCGUCAAGAGCUUCGAGAACUUCCAGGCAAGUCACAGAAAGACAGAGAGACGGACGGGUGACAACCAGUCAUCGAUCGCAAUCGUGGCUUCUGUCUGUCUGUGUCUCCUUAACCAGACUAAGAUUUCCAAGAAGCCCAUGACUGAGGUCGAGCUCGUAGAGCUCGAGGAGGCACUCGACAAAUUCAAGUGAGUAGAUCGUACGCCUCAUUCGCCGUGUGGAAGGUCAGGGUGUCUGUGUGUCUGUUCUCUGUGUGUUUGUAGGACUGACGAGUCGAAGCGUCUGUCUGACGAAUUUGCAGACAUCAAGGCGUGGCAGCAGAUGCUCUUCAACACGGGACAUUUGCUCACUCCCGACGACUUCAAGAGCGUCAGGGCCGCGGCAGAAUGGAUGCAGUCCAUCGCACAGAUACUCGACAACCGAGACAAAGAACUCAAGGCGAGAAGGAGUGGAUGGACAGAUGGAGUCCGAACAAAUGACCGCACAGCUGCUUGUCUCUCUGUCUGUCUGUCUGUCUGUUUGAUUGCAGCAAGAGAGAGAGGGUCUGGAGGACAAGUUCAAGGAGCAGCGGCAGAAGUUCACUGAGGACGUCCAGUCGUGUCUCAAGAACGUCGAGGCGUUCAGAAAGUACGGCAACAUGCGUCAAAUGGAGGAGUACUUGGAGAAGAUCCAGGGCCUCAAGGAGAAGUUCGAGCGCUUCCAAUUCGAAGUCGAGAACCUCAACCAGAAGGAAGAGCUCCUCGGGUGGGAAGCAACAGACUUCGAACAACUCACAGAGGUCAGUCGGGCGGUCUCAAGCGCAGCUCCACUGCAGGCAGACACCGACGGGCUGUUGUUUGCUCGUGUCUCACCUCACCCAGGCCAUAACGAAGUUGGAGCCCUACGAGAAGCUCUGGAACCUGGCCAACGACUUCACCAAGCAGUCUCACCAGUGGAUCAGAGGACCGCUCUUCCAGCUCGACCCGGAGAAGGUCGACAGCGAGGCCAACGCCAUGUGGAAGACGGCAUAUAAGCUCGAGGCAUCCUUCGGCGACGACCAAGCCGAACCAGCAUCCGUGGCCGCCCACGUCAAGUCGCAGCUCGACUCCUUCAAGGCAAACCUGCCACUCCUGCACGCUCUCUGCAACCCGGGUGAUACAGUAAUACACAUUCGUUACGCUUUGCUUAUUCGGAUGUGUAUUGUCAUCAGGGCUGCGUGAGCGGCACUGGGAGGAGAUAUCCAAUAUCGUGGGUUUUGCGAUGGAGCCUGACUCGUCCUUCACACUCAGCCGCGUCAUCGACAUGGAGGUGUCCAAGCACCUGGAUCAGCUGCAGGAGAUCUCCGAGGCGGCCGCCAAGGAGUAUGCCAUCGAAAAGGUGCGUGACCAGAUGCUCGAGGAGUGGCAGCCCCUCGACUUCGAGUUCAAAGAGUGGCGCGACACCGGCACAUUCAUACUCGGAGGCGCGUGCGUCGAAGAGAUACAGGUAGGUAUACAGACAGACAUGUCCCCACUGCACAGCAGAUGCAUGCCUAAUUCGGACGGGUGUCUGUCUUCAGACUCUUCUGGAUGAUCACAUUAUUAAGACACAGACAAUGAAGGGAUCGCCGUUCGCAAAGCCGUUCGAGACGCAAAUCAACGAAUGGGAGAACUGGCUGCUCAGCACACAGGCAAGAUAACAAGAUCACACGUGAGAUGUUCUUGUCAUUCUUGUGUGUUGUGUGUUGCAGGAGAUCUUGGACAUGUGGCUCAAGGUGCAGAGUGUGUGGUUGUAUCUGGAGCCCAUUUUCUCGUCCGAGGACAUCAUGAAGCAGAUGCCCACAGGUGCGCCACAAAGCAGAGGAGACAUAAACACACAAGCACAGCACAGCACACCAGGUGCCACUCAUUUGCUUACAAGGUGGCUGUGUCUCCGUGUGUAAUGGUGCAAGGUAGAGGGACAGCUUUUUCGAAGAGUGGACGGCACAUGGCGGUCCAUCAUGAAGCGGGCCCACGAGGUCAAGCAGGUUCUGCAGGUCACCAAGGCAGAGGGGCUCCUCCAGCAGCUGCAGGAGUCCAACUCGAGCCUCGAGACGGUGCAGAAAGGCCUCAACGACUAUCUCGAGACCAAGCGGCUGUUCUUCCCGCGCUUCUUCUUCCUCUCCAAUGACGAGCUGCUCGAGAUCCUCUCCGAGACCAAAGACCCGCUGCGUGUGCAGCCCCAUCUGAAGAAGUGCUUCGAGGGCAUCCAGAAUCUCGAGUUCCAGCCCGACAAGAAGAUCACUGCCAUGAUAUCCUCGGAGAAGGAAAAGGUCACUCUCACACACGUCGUCGAUCCUGUUGCCGCAAGGGUACGCGAGACGAAGGGCACAUCAGAGGGAGCGUGAGUGUGAAUGCCCAAUGAAUGUCUUCCCGGCUUGGCGUGGCUGUGUGUCUUUGUCAGGGCAAUGUAGAGAUGUGGCUACUGGAGCUCGAGAAGUCGAUGGUCGACUCUACCAAGUUCCAGUGCUUCGAGGCAUUCCGCGACUACCAGACCAAGCCUCGCAUCCAGUGGCUGCAGGACUGGCCCGGACAGGCCAUUCUGUGCGUCGACCAGAUCGUGUGGACAGACGAGGGCGCGACCGCCAUCCGCACAGGUGGCCCGCAGGGACUCUCCGAUUACCAUCUGAAGCUUGACGAGCAGAUGGACGCCGUGGUCAAUCUGGUGAGGGGCGAUAUCCCCAAGCUCGUCCGCAAAACCCUCGAGGCGGCGAUAGUCAUCGAUGUACACAACAGGGAUGUAGUGCACCAGCUGGCUGAUCUGGGCAUCGCCAGCGACCAGGACUUUGACUGGCUUGUCCAGAUGCGGUACUACAUUGAGGAAGACAGCGCGUCCAACCAACAGGACAUCUGGGUGCGGAUCACCAACUCCCACUUGUCCUACAAUUACGAGUACUUGGGCAACUCAGCGCGGCUCGUCAUCACUCCCCUAACCGAUCGGUGCUACCGCACUCUCUGCGGCGCCAUCCACCUCACACUAGGAGGGGCACCCGAAGGACCCGCCGGCACAGGCAAGACGGAGUCGGUCAAGGAUCUAAGCAAGGCGCUUGCCCGGCUGUGUGUCGUCUUCAACUGCUCGGACGGUCUUGACUACAUCGCCAUGGGGAAAUUCUUCAAGGUGCGGCUCACACUCGUGUGGAUGCCAUCCAUAUCAACGCACACGUGUCUCCGCCUCUGUGUGGCUUCAGGGCCUGGCUGCGUCUGGGGGUUGGUGCUGCUUUGACGAGUUCAAUCGUAUAGACGUGGAGGUGCUCUCAGUGGUGGCACAACAGAUCCUCACCAUCCAGCAGGUGGACCAACACGACUGAAGGCGAGAGAGACAUGCUGCCCGUUUUCAUCUGCUGUGUGUCUCAUGCAGGCGAUCGCAAAGAAGGUUUCAGAGUUUGAGUUUGAGGGCACCCGUCUGCAGCUCAAGUGGACCUGCAACUCCUUCAUCACGAUGAACCCAGGAUAUGCAGGCCGCGCAGAGCUGCCCGACAACCUCAAGGCGCUCUUCCGCACAGUGGCCAUGAUGGUGCCAGACUACGCCCUUAUCGCCGAGAUCGUCCUCUACUCAUUCGGAUUCGGCGACGCGCGCAGCUUGGCGCGGAAGAUCGUGACAACAUACACACUCUGCUCUGAGCAGCUGUCGUCCCAGGAUCACUACGACUAUGGGAUGAGGGCCGUCAAGUCCGUCCUGACUGCCGCAGGCAAUCUGAAGCGCAAGUUCCCCAACGAGGACGAGAGUAUCCUGAUGCUGCGGGCUAUCAACGACGUCAACCUGGCUAAGUUCUUGUCCCACGAUCUGCCCCUCUUCCAGGGCAUCACCUCCGAUCUCUUCCCGGGGGUCGUGCUGCCUCAGCCCGACUACAAGGUAUGCAGGCAUACGCAUCAUGAUGCUGCAGUCGGAGCUCUGCUUCUGGGGCAUCUUGGUCUUUUGCAGGCUCUCCUUGAUGCGCUGAACAAAAACCUCGAGAAGGCGAAUCUGCAGCCCCUCCCCUACUUCAUCGACAAGGUCAUCCAGUUGUACGAGAUGAUCAUCGUCAGACACGGCCUCAUGGUGGUCGGGCUGCCCUACGGCGGCAAGACGUCCUCGCUGCGGAUGCUGGCUGGGGCCCUCACGGACCUCGCCGAGAAGGGCUUGAUGGACGAGCACAAAGUGCACAUGGCAACGCUGAAUCCCAAGUCAAUCAAGAUGGGACAGCUCUACGGGUGCUUUGAUGAGGUCUCUUACGAGUGGAGCGACGGCAUCCUCGCCGUCCUCUACAGAAACUUCGCACGAGACCAAAGCGAGGUAAGGCGACCUCACAAGUGUCUUGCGUGCAAUUCACGUCUCUUUCGUGUGUUGAUCUUAUCAGGAUCGCAAGUGGCUUGUGUUCGACGGUCCGGUGGAUGCCGUGUGGAUUGAGAACAUGAACACCGUACUCGACGACAACAAGAAGCUGUGCCUCAUGAGCGGUAGGCAGCAGCAGAUGCACGGAGACACGCCCGUCCUUUCUCUGCGCUUGUGGACAUGCAGGUGAGAUCAUCGCGAUGGCUCCAAACAUGAACAUGAUCUUCGAGCCAAUGGAUCUCGCCGUGGCCUCACCGGCGACCGUCAGCCGGUGCGGAAUGGUAAGCACAACAAGUCCAUCUGAACACAUAGCUGCCGGCAUAUUAAUGGAUGUCCGCAGGUGUACUUCGAGCCUCAUGCAAUGGGCUACAAGCACCUCAUCGACAGCUGGAUGAAGGCAUACAGCACAGCGGGAGACAAAGACAAACCGGAACUUUGUUUGUUUGUUGUGGCUGUCUGCAGGCUCACUGCCCCGAGACGUUGACCGACGGCGAGAAGAGUCAGAUCCUGUCGGUGUCGAAAUGGCUGCUGGAGCCGCUGCUCGAGUACCACAGGAGCAGUCUGGCGGAGGUGUCGCCCAGCCAGGACCAGAACCUCGUUGCCUCCUACCUCAAGCUGCUGACCAGCUUGCUGAAGCCCCUGUGUGAUGUGGACUACAAGGCAGGCCUCGGCGACAAGCAACUCAGCAGCUUCGUGGAUGCCAGCUGCGCCUUUGCGACAAUCUGGUCGAUUGGCGCUUCCACCAACACGGCAACGAGAAAGAGUUUGGAUAUCGUCCUAAAGAAACUCCUCGCCGGCAGCUUUGAGGGGAUCAAGCAGCUCAAGAAGAUCACACCCGCUCUCCCCGAGCGUGGCAGCUGUUUCGACUUUGUCUACCGGGCGGAGACGAACACAUGGGCCCAGUGGAUGGUGAGACACGAGCACAGACAUUGCCACACACGGCUGUCUGCAUCGUUCACGUGUCUCGUUGGCUGUCUGUCAGGACACAGUUGAGAGCGCGCAGUUGUUCCCGCCAGGCACCCAGCCAGCAGAGAUUAUCGUCCAGACGGUCGACAUGGUCAGGUAUUCCUAUCUGGCCAACAUGAACAUCGAGGCGGGCGUCUUCACCCUCUUCUGCGGACCGACGGGCACCGGCAAGACCGCGUACGCACUCAAGGUGGAAUUGCGGACAAAGACCAUAUAUCGACACUCUGGCUGAAGGUGUCUGUUCGCGUGUGUCAGGUGUUGGAUUCGCUGCAGACAUCCGAGAACCAGACACAGGAUCUCAUUGACGCCAAGCUCGAGAAGAGGCGACGAGACACUUCCGGCCCGCCACUCAACAAGCGGUGCAUCUUCUUUGUGGAUGACAUGAACAUGUCGCCACCGUCGCUCCCACCUGUGGCCAACCGACGCAUGCAAGGCGUCACGGAGCGGCUGAUGAGCAUGGACCUCCUUGCCUUGGGCGCCUUGGGGCGGGCCACGACCUCCCAGCCUGUGGGCUCGGCUGCCGAGGGUCUGAGAGGUCCCUGUGGGGCCACGUUGGCUGGGGCCCCCAAGGGCCGGCAGGCGCGCAGUUCAGUGGUUCGGCAACCACGGAGAAGCUGGAGGAGGACAACAGCAAGGAGGAGGAGGCGCCCCGUGAGCCGGCAGCGCCGCGUGCCUUUGCCUAGCGAGAUGACGAUGCUUGGCGAGUUCCUGCUGUGGGCGACACAGCCGCCGGCCUAUCGGCUGAUCAAGAGGGCCGCCAAGGGCGGCCAGGGGGAAGGCGAGGCACCCGCAUUGGGCCAACGCAGAAGCUGCAGGACACAAGCAAGGAGGAGGAGGCGACCCCCGAGCCCGCCGUCAAAGAGACCGCCUCCGAGGGACCCCAUCGAGCCACCCCUUCCCCCCACACAGGCCGCAGAGGCACCCCCCGCCGUCCCUGCACCGUCAGAGCCGCCUGCCCCGCCACCCACGGCAGCAGGACCUCCUGCGCCACCAGCUGCGGCGGCUGCUGAAGGCGACAAAGUCACUGACAUAGAGAAAUUCAAGCCGAGAGAGCAGCCAGAGGAGCCACACGUGGCAGAGGAGACAAGAGAGGAUGCAGCAGCAACAGCACCGGCCGAGGAGCCUUCAAGGGAAGUUGAGCAGGAGGAGGAUGGCCCACAGGAUGAGGAGCAGCAACCGCUAGAUGAGGAAGAGGUCAGCGGGCGGGAAAAUAGUGCACUGGACUUCAUUGCAUUCAUUGCUUGUCUGUCUGUAUGUCUGUCUGUCUGUCUGUGCGUCGCAUGUGUGCGCAUCAGAAUCCCGACAAGGGACUGAGCCAGCCAGCCCCCAUUGUCCACAGACAACAGCCUGCAGACAACGUACGCACUCACACACUCACACACUCACACACUCACACACACACAUACACACAUACACACACACAUCGACGACAGCCGUCAGCUCGUGUGCCCAUAUCUGUUCUGAUCCCAUGUUUGUUGUGUCAGGAUACCUCCCGCCGCGUGUACUCCCGAGACAGACUCCUCGCCUGCAAGCCGCCGGGAAGCAAGCAGAGACCCCGCCCGACACAGAGAGACUGACAAGCCGUGUGCAAGGGUGCAUCGGUGCUCUGUGUGCAGGUGAGCGACGAGCCGCCCGAGGAGGUGGCCAAUCUGCACGAUGCGGUCGUCCAGCGGCAGCCAGGAGGCGCCUUCGACUCCAGCCCUGUGUUCCGGGGUCGCUCCCGACUCAGCCUGCGGCCCAGUGGAGGGGGAGGAUCAUCUACUGUCCCGGUGCGUCUGUCUGUCUGUCUGUCUAGACACACGCCGACACACAUGCACUUAUUCUUUGCACCUUUGCUGCAGAUGUUUGGCCAGGACUUCCAGCCGUCGCCAGCCCGGCUGGACAGCUACGACAAGAAGUCCCCUCCGAGCGACGCAUCACCUCCCGGCUCUUCCGGCAGGGGUCAGUGCGAUAGAAGUGUCAUUGCAUAAGCAGGGCUGAAUGGAUGGACGGCUGGCUUUGUGUGUAUCUGGCAGCGCCCCCUCCUGGAGCGGACGGUGGGUACGUUCCAGUGCCGGCGCCGAGUGCCAACGCGUACCGCGUGACGAAGCCGACGGAGAGGAACCAGGUCAUCGAGCGGGAAGCCAAGAGCAAACUCAACAAGCUUACCAUCGAGAAAUUCGAAGUCAUCGCCGAAAAACUGGGUCAGUAGCUCGGUGGCACUGACGGGGAGGGAGGGAGGGAGGGAGGGAGGGACGGAGGAAGGGCCACAUCAGUGUGCAUCCCGUGUGUGCCUUGUCUGCCUGUGUGUGCGUGUGCGUGUGCAGCCCAACAGUGCGAGCAGCUGCAGAGUGGAGAGGACCUCGACUUGUUUGUCGCUGUCGUUUUCGAAAAGGUCGGACCAAUCGGCCCACACAUUGGAGCAUUUGAGACAUGUUUGUGUUGUGUGUUGUGUGCGGUGCAAUGCAUGAAGGCUGUGUCCGAGCCCAACUUCAGCGAGAUGUACGCUGACCUGUGCCUGAUCCUUGGCUGGCGGUCACCUGAGUUCCCACACGAGAAGGAGAAGGGCAAGACCUUUCGCAGGGCGCUCCUCAACAAGUGCCAAGAGGAGUUCGAAAAGUGGGAGACAGAAGCCCUCUCACACACACACACACACACACACACAGACAACCUUCAUUUCUGUGUGUGCGUGUGUAAACAGGCUGCCCGAGACCAAGAUGACGCUGAGCGACGAGGACAAAGCGGGGCUCUCGCCCGACGACCAGGAUAUCAAGCUCAAGAAACUCAAGGACCGAAUACUUGGAAGUGAGCACCUCAUGUGACUUACGCGCAUCCACUCAUCCAAUCCACUCACGACACACUUUCUCUGCUAUGUCUCUGUGUAUGUGUGUGUGUGUGUGUUUAGACAUCAAGUUCAUCGGGGAGCUGUUCCUGCGUCGGCUGCUGCCGACCAAGGUCGUCAAGGAGGUCGUCACCUCACUCAUCGGCGAGGACGCCUCGUACUCGCCAGAGGAGCUCUUCAUCGAAUGCCUUUGCACGCUCGUCACAACUAUCGGUCAGUACUUUUCACAAACACACAGACGGAGAGAGAGGGAGGGAGACGACCCUCAGACGGGCAAGGUGCGGUCGCUAUGGGUGCAGGAUUGACGCUCGAGUCCACUGACGCCGGCAAGCAGCUGCUGACGCACUUCAUCAGCCGAAUGACGGAGCUCAAGGACCAGGACAAGUACUCCACGCGGAUCAAAUUCGCGCUACAGGUACGCACCUGGGCAGGCAGGCAGCCAGGCAGGCAGGCAAGGAGGCAGACAAUGCAUUUCCGUUUGUCAGUCUUUCCCUCCCUCACGCCAUCGUGCGUGUGUGUGUGUGUGUGCAGGACGUAUUGGAUUUGCGCAAGAACGACUGGCGGCAGAAGGUGCACAAGGAGAAGGCAAAGGCGCUCAGCGACAUCAGAGAGGACGUGAGCACACUUUUCCCCCCCACACACAGAGGCAGCCAAGCUCAUACGCCGUUUGUUUGUCAGGUCAAGAGGGAGGAGGCCAUGGGCGGGGCCAUCCACGCUGCACAGCAAGGCACCUUUCAGUUCGUCGGCAGGAGAACCGACGUGCGCACACACACUAUUACACACACAGACCAACCACACACACUUUGACGCAUCCACCAUGUCUUUUGGUUGGUCGGUUCAUCAUCCUUCAGACGAUCUACGAGCCCUACAUGGACAGGCAGCGCGAGUUGUUCGACUCGAAGGAGACGGCCAAGAAGGAAGUGGUCAGAAACCAAGACCCGUCAAGCAACGAUGUUCGUGUCACCAUACUGUCGUCUGUGGUGCAUGUGCUGUGUUGUCGCAGGGUGGCAACCGCGUUGAGGCCGUCACCCAGACCUCACAGACAUCACAGACAUCGCAGCAGCAGCAGCAGCAGCAGCCGAAACCAUACGGUAGGCGAAGCGCCACCUCUCACCUCACCCGGCACAAUUGCUUCCUGUGCGCGUAUUCCGUCCCUCUUCGUUCGUUUGUCUAGGUGGCCCCCCUGGUAUGCAGCUGCCAUCUCCGUCGGCCAAGCCCGAGGCUGCCCCUGCUGUCGGCCCCACUCCGCCCGCACCCAGCCAAGUCCCCAACUUCGCCGGCGCCCCGCCAGCAGCCGCACAGGCGCAGGCCACCACGCCGCAGCCUCAGCAGACGGCGACUCAGCAGCAAGUGCAGACUCCUCAGGCCGCCAAGGACGACAAGGCACCCGGUGCCGUCACUGCCGCUGCCCGGAUCGGGACGGUCACGGCUGCCGCUGGUGAGAUCGUCGGCCGUGGAGUAAGACUCGCGCCUCCGGUCAGGAUCCACCCACCGCAUCCUGGGAAGCGGUGGGUGGUGAAACGGCAGGUGGGCAGCGAGUGAGGCCGUCCCGAUUGACGGCUCCAUCAGUGGUCUGUGCUCAGCAGUGGACGAGAGAGAGAGGGAGAGUGCUGUGGUGUGCGUGGCCUCACUAUACCUUUCUGCCUAUCUAUGUAUCUCCCUGCGUGUGUCCAGUGGAUGGGUUCGCGCGUGGCCUCACUAUACCUUUCUGCCUAUCUAUGUAUCCUCCUACCUUCUUUCUCGUGAUGCUGUACGUGCGUUGGUGGUUGGCAUCAUGAUCAUGCCAAGCUUGUGUGUGCCUGAGGUGCGUUGUGUCCGUUGCGGUGUGCUGCCUGCCUGGCGCUCCUCUUCCCCCUUGAUGUGCGUACGUGUAUAUGUAUAACACUCUGUGUGACAGACACGUGUGUGUCACUACGACGAUUGCAAUGCUUGUUGUGUUUUAGCUUUUUUUUUAGCCUGAUGUGUUAAUUCUCAUUGUGUCUUUUCUUUAGCCUGUUGUGUAAUUCUGAAGAAUGAACCAACUGUGACCUCAUCGUGCGUGAAUGACUUAGUUGUUGGCAUUGAGUGACGUUUGAUUGAUUAACGAAUGAAUGGUCGAGUCCC